UGCUCUUUCAAGAGCAGUCCUCUAGCUGAGCUCUCUAGCUCCAGGAUAAUUUGCUAAAAAAUGUAAGCAAACAUUGUCCUUGUCCUCCAUGUUUUCAUACACCUUGGCUUUGGAAACUCUCCUCUGCCUCCUACAUUCACUCCCACAAGGAGCUUACUUUGUGUUGGACCCAAAGAGAGAGAACCAGCCUAAAGGGAGAGACAGUGUGUGGCUCAGGAGACAGGAAACGUGGCCCUUCCUUCUGCUGUGGGUUGGCCCAAUGAUGGAGGAAGAAGAAGAAUAUGAACUAAUUUCCCUGAACAAUCCUCUAGGAGAACUGUCCCAGGAUCCUACAGAACUGUCAGGCAGUAAGACUGCUUCCUUUGCAGAAGGAACACAUGAGACAGGUGCAGGUAGAAGAGAGAAAGACCAGACGCCAAGGAGACUGCGGCUCCUGCUGGUGGGGAAAACCGGAAGUGGGAAAAGCGCCACCGGAAACAGCAUCCUGGGCAGGAAAGCGUUUGAGGCUAAGCUGAGCGCCAGGCGGGUGACCCAGGUGGUCCAGAGCGGGAGCCGCCAGUGGGCCGGGACGGAGCUUGAGGUAAUUGACACACCGGACAUCCUGUCCCAGCCGGUGCAGCUGGGGGCAGUAUGCCAGGCCCUGGCGGCGUCCGCCCCUGGGCCGCACGCUGUGCUGCUGGUGAUGCAGCUGGGCCGCUUCUCUGAUGAGGACCUGCGGGCCGUGCAGCUCCUGCAGGAGGUCUUCGGGGAGGGCGUCCUGGUUCACACCGUUCUGGUGUUCACCCACGUGGAAGACCUGGACGGGGACUCCCUGGGGAAGUACCUGCGGGAGACAGACAACGAGGGCCUGGCCUGGCUGGACGCCGUGUGCUCGCGGCGCCACUGCGGCUUCAGCAACCGGGCAGCGGUCUCCGAGCAGGAGGCCCAGCUGCGGGAGCUCAUGGCUGAGGUCGAGGCGAUCCUGUGGGAAAACGAGGGCUGCUGCUACAGCAACCGGGCUUCCCCGUACUUCCAGCAAAGCCCUCUGCUUCUUUGAGAUGCCCAGCAAGACCUUCUGCUCCAAGAAGCAGCAGCAGCAGCAGCUACAGAGGGGCACCUGUAGCUCCAUGGUAGGCGCGCUGGACCUGUGCGCUAAGGGUUGCAGUUUUGAACUCACAGGUUCCAGAUCAGUCUGAGCCAGAGCAAGACCCCAUCUCUAAAAAUAGCCAGAGGAACCAGAUGGUUUCACAUCAGAAUUUUACCAAACCUUUAAAGAGGAGCUAGUACCCAUAUUACUUAACCUUUUCCAAAACAUAAAAAGAAGGAAUACUUCCCAACACAUUCUAUGAAGCAAACAUCACCUUGACUCCCAAACCAGGAAAAGACCCAACAAGAAAUUACAGAAGUAAGUAAAGCAGUUACUGUAUGUAGACAUGUACACAGCUAUGAUUUAACAAUGAAAAUAAAUAAAUUUUUAAAAAAAGUAAGUAAAGCAAUAGACUGCCCUCAGAAUGGGAGAGGAUAGUUGCAGGUUACGUUUCCAACAAAGGUCUGAUAAUCAGAAUCCACAGGGAACUCAAACUUAUUAAUAAGAAAAGAACAAGUGAUCCCAUUUCCCUAUAGGCAAGAGAUCUGAACAGAAGCUUCUCCCAAGAAGACAGGCACAUGGUAUGCAGACACAUGAAAAAACGCUCGUCUUCUUUAAUCAUCAGAGAAAUGCAAAUCAAAACCGCUUUGAGAUACCACCUAACUCCAAUAAGAGUAGCCCACAUAACAAAAUCCCAAAACUACAGAUGUUGGCAUGGAUGUGGAGAAAAAGGAACACUUCUGCACUGCUGGUGGGAAUGCAAACUAAUAUGUUUCUUUUGGAAAGAAGUUUGGAGAACACUCGGGGAUCUAAAAAUUGACCUGCCGUUGGAUCCUGCAAUUCCUCUACUAGGAGUGUAUCCAAAAGACCAAAAAUUACUUUACAAAAAGAUAUUUGCACCAGAUUAUUCAUUGCAGCUCAAUUUGUAAUAGUCAAGUCAUGGAAGAAGCCCAAGUGCCCAUCAACCCAUGAAUGGAUUAAUAAAUUGUGUAUAUGUAUACUGUGGAAUACUAUGCAGCCUUUAAAAAGAUGAAGCCUUUACCUCUUUUAUGUUUACAUGAAGGGAUCUGGAACAUAUUCUCCUGAGGAAAACGUCUCAAGAAUGGAGGAAAAAGUAUCCAAUGUACUCAGUACUUCUAUGAAACCUACUUAUAUUUACUCACACUUUCUUAUGAAAGAUAGAACACAACUAUAGCCCAGGAUGAAGGAGAGAAAUGGAGUGGGAAGGUAUUGGAUGGGGGAGGUUUGACAGAGGGAGGGUAAAAGGUGGGAUCACACCGAUGGAGCAUAUGACAAGGGUACAAGUCAAAUCUGUCAAGUGUAGAACAUAGAUGUUUUGGCACAAUAAUCAAGUAAACAAGGUGAAAGCUAUGUUGAUUGGUUUGAUCUAACCACGUCAGAUUGUAUAAAAAAAUCAGCACAUUGUACCCCACAUAUGCAUGAAUGUAUUCAUGAUCUAUGUGUAUUUGACUUAAUAAUAAAAAAAUUGUUAAUCACCAAAAAAAGGUAAAAAAGUAAAAGAAAAAUAAUACAAAAAAAUAAAUAUAUUAAAAAAAAAA